GUUGCAUUUUGUAAACAAAAAAUUAUUUUAUUUAUUUCACAGACACCGGCAUUUCUAGAACAAAUUUAAUUAAAUUAUUUAAGGAAAAAUGUUAAUUUAUAAAUUACUUAUAAGUUCCUUAAUGGUAAUGGCGUUGGCCUCCUCUCCCGAGGAAGAACAAGGCGUACGCUAUGCCAAUCGCUGUGAAACUUGCAAAAUAUUGGCCACUGAACUGCAGGAAAGACUCAAGGAAACUGGCAAAUCUCAUGAUGUUAUAGAGAUAGGUUACUCACUGGACGAUGUUAAACCCAAGAAACGCACUGAGUACCGACGCAGUGAAUUGCGCCUGCUGGAAUCUACGGAGAAUGUUUGUGAUAGAAUUUUGGAAUAUAAUCUCCAUAAAGAAAGAAGUGAUAGUACCCGUUUCGCUAAAGGCAUGUCACAGACUUUUAAAACUUUGCAUGGCCUGGUAGAUAAAGGUGUUAAAGUGGAUUUGGGCAUUCCUUUAGAAUUAUGGGAUAAACCUCCCGUAGAGGUCACACAAAUGAAAAGUCAAUGUGAAAAUAUGCUAGAGGAAUAUGAAGAUGUCAUUUCGGAUUGGUAUUUUAAGCAGCAGGAUGAAAAAGAUUUAAUAGUUCACUUGUGUGAAGAACAAGUAUUGGCUGUCGAUGAUAGAAAAUGUCUAAAGGAAAUAUUGCCAGCAGCUAGUGAAGAAGAUGAGGGGCAGGAGGAAAAUACGAAAAAUACGAAGAAAAAGACUAAGAAAACCAAAGAAGAUAAGCAGGAAUUGUAAUAGAAACUAUAUUUACUUUCACUAUUCCAUUUUAAAGUCAAUGUAGUAAAAACUAUAGAAACAUUUCAAUUCAACAAAUUUCUAGUACCUACAUAUAUCAGUUUACAUUAAAACCUUACAAGUUUUUAUUUACAUUUUGGUUCUUCCUGCCCAUAUUAUUACACGUCACGUAUCCUUAUUGAAAUUUAAGAAUUUAUUUUAGCUUUAAGUCCUAGAAAUCAUGUUUGCAUUUGUCAUCAUGUAAAUUUUACAAAUAUCAAAUAAAUCAAUGAUAGUAGAUUUUAAUAUUAAGAACUAAUCAAAUAAAAUAAUUUAAAAUAAAA